AUGGCCACCUCCACGCACACCACCGAGGUACUUCUGCAGCCCCGCUGGAAGCGGGUGGUGGGCUGGUCAGGGCCCGGCCCCCGGCCCCGCCAUGGCCACCGGGCAGCGGCCAUUAAGGAGCUGAUCAUAGUGUUCGGUGGAGGAAACGAGGGCAUCGUGGACGAGCUGCACGUGUACAACACGGCCACCAACCAGUGGUUUAGCCCCACCGUGCGGGGCGACGUCCCCCCGGGGUGCGCAGCUUAUGGCUUCGUGUGCGACGGGAGUCGCCUGCUGGUGUUCGGCGGCAUGGUGGAGUACGGCAAGUACAGCAACGACCUCUACGAGCUGCAGGCCAGCCGCUGGGAGUGGAAGAAACUCAAAGCAAAAACGCCCCUAACCGGGCCCCCUCCGUGCCCUCGACUGGGCCACAGCUUCUCCCUGGUGGACAACAAAUGCUACCUCUUCGGGGGUCUGGCCAACGACAGCGAGGACCCCAAGAACAACAUCCCAAGGUACCUGAAUGACUUGUACAUCCUAGAAAUGCGGCCGGGCUCAGGAGUGGUCGCCUGGGACAUCCCCAUCACUUAUGGGGUCCUGCCCCCACCCCGGGAGUCGCAUACGGCAGUAGUCUACACGGAAAAGGACAGGAAGAAGUCCAAGCUGGUGAUCUAUGGAGGGAUGAGUGGCUGCAGGCUAGGAGAUCUCUGGACCCUGGACAUUGAGACUUUGACGUGGAAUAAGCCCACUCUCAGUGGGCUAGCACCUUUGCCUCGGAGUCUCCAUUCAGCCACCACCAUAGGAAACAAAAUGUACAUCUUUGGUGGCUGGGUACCUCUGGUUUUAGAUGAUGACAAAGUGGCCACGCACGAGAAGGAAUGGAAGUGUACCAAUACACUGGCUUGUCUCAACCUGGAUACCAUGUCCUGGGAGAACAUUCGGAUGGAUAAGGACACCCUGGAGGACAACGUCCCCCGGGCCCGGGCUGGCCACUGUGCUGUCGCGAUCAAUACCCGUUUGUACAUUUGGAGUGGGCGUGAUGGCUAUCGAAAAGCCUGGAACAACCAGGUCUGUUGCAAGGACCUCUGGUACCUGGAAACAGAAAAACCGCCACCCCCAGCCCGGGUGCAGCUCGUGCGAGCCAACACCAGUUCGUUAGAGGUGAGCUGGGGGGCGGUGGCAACCGCUGACAGUUACCUUCUGCAGCUUCAGAAAUACGACCUACAUCCAACCACUACUCCGGACAGCAGCCCUCCAUCCAACCUCGUUCCUUCUGUGCCUGCUUACCAGCCUUCCAGCCCUGCCCCAGUGUCCGUCUCACCUGCACUACAAACACUGACCCUUGCCUCCUGCCCCAGGCUCCUGCCCCAGGCUGCUCCAGCCUCCUCAACCACCAGCACCAUCCAGACCUUGCCAGCUGUGCCUGACUGUUCAGUAUCUGUGCCGGAACCACCCAAGGCUCAAAGUGUGUCUGCUCUUCUCCCAGUGACUGAUUCGCAAGCUACAACAGGAACCCCUUUGCUUACCAUGAGACCUACCAACCACGCAGGAAAAGACCCCGUUAGGGUGACCUCGCUUCUUACAGGUCUGCGAAUGGUCCAGCCGGUGCAGAGUGCCCAAGGGGCAGUGAUGGGCAAUAGUCCCAAGAUGAGUGGGAUGGCUGCCCUGGCAGCUGCGGCUGCUGCCACCCAGAAGAUUCCUCCUGUCUCGGCCCCCACACCCAUGCUGAGCAUCCCAGCUGGCACCACUACUGUCAAGACUGUGGCCAAGACACCUGGCACCACCACCCUGCCAGCCACUGUGAAGGUGGCUUCCUCACCAGGCAUAGUGAGUAAUCCAGCCACCCGCAUGCUUAAGACUGCGGCUGCCCAGGUGGGGACGUCUGUCUCUUCUACUACCAGUUCAUCCACCCGGCCCAUCAUCACAGUGCACAAGUCAGGGACUGUCACUGUGGCCCAGCAAGCCCAGGUGGUGACCACAGUGAUAGGUGGGGUCACCAAGACCAUAACCUUAGUAAAGAACCCCAUCUCUGUCCCAGAAGGCAGUGCUCUGAUUUCAAACCUGGGCAAAGUCAUGUCAGUGGUCCAGACCAAACCAGUUCAGACCUCAGCUGUACCAGGCCAGGUGUCCGUGAGCCCUGGGACUCAGAUCAUCCAGACUAAAGGGCCCUGGCCGGCAGGGACCAUUCUGAAGUUGGUCACCUCAGCAGAUGGCAAGCCCGCCACUAUCAUCACAACCACCCAGGCCAGUGGAACCAGGAGUAAGUCUACUAUCCUGGGCAUCAGCAGCAGGUCCCCCAGUGCCCCCAAGCCUGGCACAGCCACCAUCAUUAAGACUAUCCCCGUGUCGGCCAUCAUCACGCAGGCCAGCUCCACAGGUGUCAGCAGCAGCCCCGGCCUCAAGUCUCCGAUCACCAUUAUCACCACCAAAGUUAUGACUUCCAGUACUGGGGCACCUGCCAAGAUCAUCACUGCUGUCCCCAAAACUACCACUGGCCACGAGAAGCCAGGCGUGACCCAGGUGGUGCUAAAGGGGGCCCCUGGGCAGCCGGGUACAAUCCUCUGCACCAUGCCUGUGGAAGGCGUCCGCCUGGUUACUCCCAUCAAUGUUUCUGCCAUCAAGCCUGAUGUGACCACGCUGGUAAUGAAGGGCACCACAGGUGUCACAACACUAGGCACAGUGACAAGCACUGUUUCAACCAGCCUUGCGGGAGCUGGGGGCAGCAGAGUCAGUGCCUCCCUCGCCACGCCUAUCACCACCUUGGGCACCAUUGCCACGCUCUCAAGCCAGGUGAUCAAGCCUGCCACUGUCACUGUGUCAUCUGCCCAGACCACAGUAACAGCAGCUGGCCGGCCCACGAUUCCUGCUCUCUCCAUGCAUCCUGUGUCCCCCCAGCCUACCCAGGUGACUCUGAUCACAGCUCCCAGCAGCGCAGAAGGACAGCGGGGGCAUGAUCUCCCCGUGUCCACAGUAGCCUCAACUACUGCCACGGUCACCAUCACUAACUCCGCCCAGGGGGGUGUGCAACCUAGCGUGAUGACGUUGAUGUGCUCUAGCCUGCCCGGUGAGACCCAGGAGAUGGGGACACCUCCCAGCACUGUCAUGGCGAAACUCAAGGGACAGUCCCAUGGCCGCCAAAAGCAGUUUGUCUAUGACAGAGAAGAUGCAGCCACUUCUCUGGGUGCCUCAACAGCAGAGCAGCAGAAAAGCAGUGCAGGGUGUACCUGCUCUGGCUCAGCAUGUGAGACCCACGAACCAGACACCACCAACACGGUCACCUCCACUUCAGGCGUGGCCAGGCACCAUGGCUGUGAGAGCCAGGAGACUAGUGCCUCCAUGUCUGCCUGGUUCACUCGUGCAGCAAACACUACCCCUACUGUGAUGGCGGUCAGCAUGCCCCCUGGGAUGCUGAAAGGAGCUCAGGGUGCUCUCAAGCCUGUGAGCCAAAUGCACCAGACCAGCGGAUCUGGCACCACUGUGACUGAGAUGGUUUCCAGGUCCCCACAAUUUGAGUCCAACCUGGCCUUGGAAGCUGGUGAUCAUAACCCGGCAUUUAUGCAUUCGGCCUCUUUGCGUGACCAUGUCAGAUGCAGUGACCCUGGCAGCAUGGACAGCCCCACAGCAGGACUGGGUCAGCAGGUGUCUCUGGGCAGCUCUGGGGAGGCUCAUCCAGCCCACGUUGCAUCCUGUUCCACCAUGGAUGCUGGGGAGCCCUACCAGGCCCAGGGGACCCCCCUACCUACAUGCAAGAGCUCACCCUACAGGGGUGUGAUUGGGACAGUCACUGAGACACGGUUGCAUCCCUCAGCCACCAUGACUCAGGUAUGCUUCAAAUUGCCCUGUGAGACCCACAAAAGAGGUCCUACCUGGAUACCACCCGCUGCCAUCUCUAACCGGGGUGAGGGUCUGUCCGAGAGCACUCGACCCUGUGAGACAUGCCAGGCCAUUUCCUUGGCUACCACCACGUCCAUCAACGUGGAUGCCCUACGCCCAGACACUGCCCCCUCUCACAGGACCCUGGAAUCUAGCUUGGAGGUGGCACCACUUCCCACAGUCACCGCCCAGAGCAGUGCUUCCUUCCUGUCUCCUUUCUCGACACAGCAGGUGUUCUCCAAACCUCCACUGUGA